GUCACUGGUGCUGGGGGGCGGAGUGGGGAUCGUUGUCAGAACUGCGCCUGCGCACUGUAUCCGGUCUGUUCUGUGUUAGCAACAACAAAGUGAAGCUGGAGCAGAGUCCGUGUCGCCUCUACGCUGUCAGCAGCAUCUUCACUAUCGUCCUCCGCCGGGGUCCGAUGGCUGAGAGGAUGGUUGAGGGAAACUGCAGCCGGAGAAGCGAAUGACAUUUGUAAGACGAUGGCUGUUGAUGCCCGCCAGUUUCCAAACGUGGAAGGAGGACGCAGAACCAUGUUGCUUUAAAUUGUGACCUGCGGUGAUCGGGGGAGGCAGAACAGGAGGAGGAGGUGGAGGACUGAGGCGUAGGCAAGCAUUGAGUGAUCUGCCACGGCUCCCAGUUGGUGGCCCACCGCAAGCGCGACGCAAUGGGCAACACGGCCACCAAGUUCCGCAAGGCGCUGGUGAGCGGCGACGAGGCGCUGGCCUGGCAGCUGUAUGAGGGCAACCCUCAGUUCAGGGACAGCCUGGACCCGAACGCAUCAUACGGAGAGCAGUACCAGCACAACACACCUCUGCACUACGUAUGCCGCCACGCCAUGACGCGGCUGCUCAGGUCGUUCCUGUUCAGCAAAGAGGGCAACCCAAACAAGCGCAACGUGCACAACGAGACAUGCCUCCACGUCCUGUGCCAAGGCCCGCAGAUCCUGCUACUGCCAGAGGGAGCGCUCUCUCCACGGCUGGCCCGACCGCAGAGGGACGAGCAGCGCCGCGCAGACUGCCUCCAGAUGAUCUUGAGCUGGACCGGCGCCAGACUGGAAGGAGGCCAGUACGAGAAGGCCAACGUGAACGCCACCGACAACCACCACAGCACCUGCCUGCACUACGCCGCUGCUGCAGGCAUGAAGAGCUGCGUGGAGCUGCUGAUCCAGAGCGAGGCCGAUCUCUUUGUGGAGGACGAGGACAAGCUGACGCCUUGCGAUCACGCCGAGCGGCACCACCACACCGACUUGGCACUCAGCUUGGAGUCACAGAUGGUUUUCUCCUGCGCCUCGGCUCAGCAGUCAAAUGGAGACACACACGGCGAGAGCCGCCUGCCGCAAUACAAGGAGCCUUACGAGGGACUGAAGAUUCAGGAUCUGCGCCGACUGAAGGACAUGCUGAUCGUAGAGACUGCGGACAUGCUGCAAGCUCCUCUUUUCACGGCUGAAGCCCUGCUUCGAGCGCAUGAUUGGGACAGAGAAAAGCUUCUGGAAGCCUGGAUGUCUGAUGCUGAAGGCUGCUGCCAGCGCUCUGGCGUCACCAUGCCCACCCCACCGCCCAGCGGCUACAACGCCUGGGACACCCUGCCGUCUCCCCGCACUCCGAGGACGCCGCGCUCACCCCUAACGCUCACCCUCACCUCCCCCACCGACAGCUGCCUGACACCAGGAGAGGAAGGCCUGGCUACGUGUGGCAUCUGCCUCUGCUCCAUCUCAGUCUUUGAAGACCCGAUCGACAUGUCCUGCGGUCAUGAGUUUUGCAGAUCCUGUUGGGAGGGGUUUCUCAACAUAAAGAUUCAGGAAGGCGAUGCUCACAAUAUCUUCUGCCCUGCCUACGAGUGUUACCAGCUGGUUCCUGUGCAUGUGAUAGAGAGCGUGGUUUCUAGAGAGAUGGAUCAGCGCUACCUGCAGUUUGAUAUCAAGGCCUUUGUGGAAAACAACCCAUCCAUCCGCUGGUGUCCCGCUGCUCGCUGUGAGCGAGCGGUGAGGCUCACCAGACCGGGCCCCGGAGACAGCGACCCCCACAGCUUCCCCCUGCUGCCGUCCCCAGCUGUCGACUGUGGCAAGGGUCACCUGUUCUGCUGGGAAUGCCUCGGCGAGGCCCACGAGCCGUGUGAUUGUCAGAUGUGGAGGAACUGGCUCCAGAAAGUCACAGAGAUGAAGCCUGAGGAAUUGGCAGGAGUGAGCGAGGCGUACGAAGAUGCCGCUAACUGCCUGUGGUUGUUGACCAACUCCAAACCGUGUGCCAACUGCAAGUCGCCCAUUCAGAAGAAUGAGGGCUGCAACCACAUGCAAUGUGCCAAAUGUAAAUAUGAUUUCUGCUGGAUAUGCCUGGAGGAGUGGAAGAAGCACAGCUCGUCCACGGGAGGCUACUAUCGUUGCACUCGCUAUGAGGUCAUUCAGCAGCUAGAAGAGCAGUCCAAAGAGAUGACUGUGGAGGCAGAAAAGAAGCACAAAAGUUUCCAGGAGCUGGACCGCUUUAUGCACUACUACACUCGCUUCAAGAACCACGAACACAGUUACAAGUUGGAGCAGAAGCUGCUGAAAACGGCAAAAGAGAAGAUGGAGCAGCUGAGCAGAGCCUUCAUUAGCCGUGAGGGCACUCCUCCAGACACCCGUUUCAUUGAGGACGGCGUGACCGAGCUGCUGAAGACGCGCCGCGUGCUGAAGUGCUCUUACCCGUACGGCUUCUUUCUGCAGCAGGGCAGCACACAGAAGGAGAUAUUUGAACUCAUGCAGACGGACCUGGAGAUGGUGGUGGAGGAUCUGGCUCAGAAGGUCAACCGGCCGUACCUCAGGACGCCGCGGCACAAAAUAAUUAGCGCAGCGCGGCUGGUGCAGCAGAAGCGGCAGGAGUUCCUGGCAUCGGUGGCCCGCGGCGUCGCUCCCAACGACUCUCCCGAUCCGCCUCGCAGGAAUUACCCUGGAGGAUCAUGGGACUGGGAGUACCUUGGCUUUGCAUCACCUGAGAUGGGAAGCCGUCACUCUGUGCUGGGAGCAGGAGAUCACAGAGAGAGACAGUCGCAGGAUUAUGCUGACAUCCAGUACCGGCGCAGACACAGACCGCGACGCAGAGGAGACAUGCUGAGUCUGCACAACCUCAGAAGCAGCAGCAACACGCCGGAGACCAGCAGGAGGAGCGAUAACACAGAUCCAGCAGAGAGGACUGAAGGUCGCCGGAGAGCCCUGGGCUCCCUCGACGAAGACGACCCCAACAUCCUCCUCGCCAUCCAGCUGUCGCUCCAGGAGUCCCGGAGAGAGCAGGGCCUGGAUGGCGGCGCGGAGAGGAGGCCGGGGACGGCGGGUGAUCUGGCCGACGUCGCUUUGCACUCCCUCAACAUGGAGGACCCUCCAGGAGCCCGUGGCCCCUCCUUUCCCGCUUCCCUGCUGGAUCCCCCUCGGCCCCCCAACAGGACAGACUCCACCACGACACAGCCAUCCGUGCUCAGCUCCCUGCCCCUGCCGCCCCCUCCUCCCACCCUCAGCGCUGAGCUGCUGGAGCUGGGAGACAGCCUUAUGAAGCUGGGGAACAUCACCACUCCUUACAUGGACCCGGAGCUGGCGUGCAGCCGCGGUGCGCUCGCUGCUCCUUACAGCGACUGCGGCCACAGGCCGGACCAGAACACAUCGACUCCACACGCCAUUCUGGAUCAGAUUGCCGUCACAGACCCCCAUCAUGACAGCAAAGAGCCGAGCUACUGCGGCUCCUAUUCGGCUGAGAGUGAACACACUGCCUCCUGUGCGCUGGAUUGCACUCAUAACCCCCCCCAUCCUGGCGAGUACAGCCGGGAUCCGGAUGAAGCGGAGCGCUCCUACCAGCCGGGAAGCUCCUACACCGCCGAACAUCCCUCCACCUACGCUCUGGACCCGCCCCGGUCCGAGCCCCAGCCUCCUGUCCAGCUGUGCCUCCCAUCGCCGGAGCUGGAGCCAGAGCUGCUGCUUUCCCCGGUGAUUCCACCAGGGGGCCCUUUCACCCCCAGCGACCCCCAGAGCCUGCAGGCCCUGGACCCCACGGCCAGCGCUCAGCUGCUGGACAACAUCAUGGCCUGGUUCAACAACAACAUCAACCCCCAGAACAACCCCCAGAACCUGGCUCUCAUCCCGUCCCCGCCCACCACGGAAACAGACUCCUCCCCCGACACGCACGCCGGCGCCGAGAAGGACGGGACCGCCGCACCGGUCUGGCAGCCCCUGGAGGGCGCAGCCGGCGGCCGCGAGGCUCCGAAGAGGCCCGACUCCCUGGAGCUGGAAAACAGAGACGUCAGAGAGGAGGGUGUGAGCGCGGGGUGUGUGUCGGACCUGUCGCUGGACGAAGAGCACACACACCCGCGGUCACACAGCCAAGCUGACCCGGCGGCUGCGGCAGAGAGCGAAGCGGACACCGUGCUGCAGCUGGAGGGCAGCGGGUCACCGGAGGAGUGGGAAGAGCAGGAACACUUGGUGUGACGGCGAGCAGAGAGGAAACCGAUCAGAGUGUUUACCGGAUGUACUAUACUGUAUUUAAAGAUGAUGUCACACACAGGUUGGACAGUUUAAGUGCUUUCUGUCUGUUGCUCCAGAAACAGACAACCAAUUAUUCAUGAAAACAACAACAAAAAUAACGUUUCAGAUUACAUGAAAGAAAAUCCGUUGAUAUCAGAA